CCUAUUAGGCAGGCUAGAGAACAGAGCAGCAUUUUCAGCAUUUUCGCACACAUGAAUCUGACUGCACAGAGCCACAGUAUCCCUCUCAGUGAUGGGAACCGUAUUCCACUGCUGGGAUUGGGCACUUAUGGGGACCCUCGAACGACACCCAAAGACACGGCACUUGAGUGUGUCAAGCUGGCCAUAGAUGUGGGUUACAGGCACUUUGAUGGGGCAUUGGUGUAUUUCAAUGAGCACGAAGUGGGUCAAGCCAUUAGAGAGAAAAUUGCUGAUGGAACCGUGAAACGGGAGGACAUCUUUUACUGUGGAAAGCUCUGGAAUACCUUCCAUCCACCGGAGUUGGUGAGACCAGCCUUGGAGAGGACACUGAAAGCCUUGAAACUAGACUAUGUGGAUCUCUACAUUGUUGAGCUUCCUAUGGCCUUCAAGCCUGGAAAUGAGUUCUAUCCAAAAGACCAGCAUGGAAAAUACAUCUACCACCAUACAGACCUCUGUGCAACAUGGGAGGCUUUAGAGCAUUGCAAAGACGCAGGGCUGGUUAAAUCUCUGGGAGUCUCCAACUUCAACCGUAGGCAGCUGGAACUGCUGCUGAAUAAACCUGGCCUCAAACACAAACCUGUGUCCAACCAGGUUGAGUGCCAUCCAUAUUUCACACAACCCAAACUUCUGGAGUACUGUCGUCAGCAUGACAUUGUGAUUGUUGGCUACUGCCCAAUUGGCUCCUCCAGAGAUGCAUCCUGGGUGAACGUCAAAUGUCCUCCUCUGCUGGAGGACGAGCUGCUUGUAUCCAUUGGGAAAAAGUACAACAAGAGUAGUGCCCAGGUGGCUCUGCGCUUCAAUGUCCAGAGAGGAGUUGUAGUGAUCCCUAAGAGCUUCAGCCCCGAGAGGAUCACACACAACUUCCAGAUAUUUGAUUUUUCACUCACUGAGGAAGAAAUGAAAGCCAUUGAAUCACUGAACAAAAAUAUUCGUUUUGUGGAGCUGCUGAUGUGGAGUGAUCAUCCAGAGUACCCAUUUCAUGAUGAAUAUUAAUUGUUUUCAUUCCCUGUCAUGUGCAUAUUUUCCUGAAUUAAGUUCUUCGCACAAAUGAAGAACAAAACGUGGAGCGACUCCUUUCAGCAUCCUUCACCGAUAAACUUUGCACCGGUGCAUUUUCAUGUUGAACACUAGAGGGCACUAGUUCACAGUAAAUGAAAAGGAAAUUAAAGCUUUUAAGGUUAAGAUGUAUGAAGGUGAAGUUGUUUGUGUAUAGCAUGUAUUGUAGGCCGUUGAAUAUAUAAUGAUAAUUAAUUGUUAUUGAGUUCCCUGAUUUGAAAUGUAAGUUUAGUUUGCAAUUAUUAAGACCCUUGAAUUAAAUCAAGAAAUACAUCAUAUUUAGAGAAAUUCACGUGGAUAUUUGUUUGUUGAAAUAGCCCACAAGGUUUGUCUUUAUUAUAUGUUUCAGAUACAUUAGGUGAUCACUAUAUUACUGUAACAUGUUAAUAAUAAUAAAUUUUAUUUCUAAGCGCUUUUCUAAAUACUCAAAGAUACUAUAGUAACAAGCAGUGUCCACAUCCUUAUUAAGCAGUGCUGCUUGUGUGUUAAUAGAGUUAAAAGGAAGUAUGGAAAGCCUUUAUUUUUCCAUUGAGUGAAUCACUCUUGGUAAAGCCACUGCAUGUAUAAAGCACAUUUAAAAACAACAAAAGUUGACCAAAGUCCUGUACCAUGUUCAAGGCAAGGCUAAAAAACAACACAGCCUGGAAUGUAAGAGGUAGGGAGGUAUGCAAGUCCAAAAGCCAAAAAUAUAAAAAUGGGGGAUGUAAAGGUUUCAUUUGUGGGUGAUCUUAAAAAUAAAGAGUAGCUCUAGUGGUUACAAAUUCAAAUGAAUGUACACACAUGCUGUUUGGAGGUGAGGUAAAGCAUCUUGGACAGCAGCUGUAACUGAAAAGGGGCACGUGAGAAAAGCUAAUAAUUAAUUUGGAAUAUGCUGGAUGGAUUUAGCAUUUGUUUUGAAGUAACAUAUCCAAUCAACUAAAACAAUUCUUUAAUAAGACAUUCAAUCAAAUACAGGGAUCAUGUCCAAUAUAUUUGUGAAUGCACAUAAAGUAUAGUGCCCCCGAAGGAAGAAAUGUAGUGAAUAUGUUUGAUUGCCAAACUGUGAUGUUAUUAAUGGUAUUGCAGAUAUUUACUUGUUGAAGUGGUCUGAGUUGAAAACAUCUGUUGUCCUACUGUUCACAUUAUAGCCCCUAAGGAGUUUGGGUAAAAGAUGUGUGUGUACCAGAGGGGGUGUUUCUUUUAUCAUUAUAUAAGAUCAAUAAAAAAUAUAAAAGAACUAUAUAAAAUCUGACAAUGACAAACAGACAUUUUUCUUAGACAAACUGUAGUAAAAGAUGGCAGAUACUUCCGUAUGAAAAAGUCUAAGAAAAAAAAAGAACAACCAUUAAUAAAUAAACUUGGCUGUUUGAAAAGGUAAUUUACGCGUUUUAUGGCUUCAUUGCAGUUGAUAAUUGUUCCUUAUCUUGACUCCAGCAGUAACAUUAUCUUGAAAAUAGUUUUUGCAUUGGAGUUGUAAACCUUAAUGAAGACAGCCAUUUCAAUGUAAACCUGUUACAUGAUGCAUGUUAUAGUCUGUGAGUAACAUUCUUGGGUUAUGCACAUUUCAGGCAAAUAAAGCAAAAUACAAUUGCAACAAA